CCGUAAAGUUCCAUCUGUCUUUUUUUUGCUUCAGUAUUCCACGCUGGGUCAAUCUGUUUGAGGAUUUUUCUUGUUGAAAAUGACCAGAAAAAGGGGAAAGAAGCAGAAUGAAAAACCUGAUGAAAGUGCUCGUGAGGGUGAAACGAGAGGACCUCAGGUUACCCAAGCUAUGGAGCAACUUAAUCUAGGCCCCCAAACCAUGCAACAGCAUCCUGCUGGACCUUCAGGUGGUCAACAGCGUCCUGCUGGACCUCCAGGUGGUCAACAGCGUCCUGCUGGACCUCCAGGUGGUCAACAGCAUCCUGUUGGACCUCCAGGCAUACAACAACGUCCUGCUGGACCUCCAGGCAUACAACAGCGUCCUACUGGACCUCCAGGCAUACAACAGCGUCCUACUGGACCUCCAGGCAUAGAACAGCGUCCUGCUGGACCUCCAGGCAUACAACAGCGUACUGCUGGACCUCCAGGCAUAGAACAGCGUACUGCUGGACCUCCAGGUGGGCAACAUCGUCCUGCUGGACAUCCAGGGCUUCAGCAGCGUCCUUUCGGGCCUCCAGUGCUACAGCAGCGUCCUGCUGGACCUCAAAGCAUGCAGCAGCACCCAAUUGGGUUUCAAGGCGUCCAGGAACAUCCUACUGGGGCCCAAGGCAUUCGGCAGCAACGUCCUGCCGGACCACAAGGCAUGCAGCAACAUCCUACCGGACAACAAGGCAUGCAGCAACGUCCUGUCGGUCCACAAGAUAUGCAGCAGCGUCCAGCCGGACCCCAAGGUGUGCAGCAACGUCCCGCCGGACCGCGAGGCGUGCAGCAACGUCCCGCCGCACCACAAGGCGUGCAACAACGUCCCGCCGCACCACAAGGCGUGCAGCAACGUCCCGCCGGACCGCAAGGCGUGCAACAACGUCCCGCCGGACCGCAAGGCGUGCAGCAACGUCCCGUCACGGAACAACGUCCUGCAGGUCCUCAAACGUAUCAGCAAAGCCCUGCUGCUUCCCGAGCUCAUGAGCAACAACCUGUUGUUACCCAAACCCAGACACGUCGGCCAAUGGCUCAAGGUGGAGCCCUUCGCCCACCGCCCCGCCAAGAUGCAGGUGGUGUGGGAACCCUAGGCCGCCCAAUCGCGCUCUCUGCAAACCAUUUCGGAAUUACUAUGAAAAAGCAAAUACUUUACCAUUAUGACGUUGAUGUCAAACCUCUACUGUCAAAGACACUCUUCAGGAAGGUCGUUGAACAGUUUCUGGAAAGCGAUGCGCGAUUUAAAAAUAUUCGCCCUGUUUUUGAUUCGAAGAAGAACAUUUACACUGCCUGUCGAGUGCCUGGCUUGGAUUCCAAGAUGGAAAUCAAAUUCGAAUUUAAAGAAAUGGACCGAGACCCGCCCAGGAUCAACGAAUUCACCAUAUAUUUGCAGCCCACUGGAGAGUUGGAAAUAGAUCUGGCGGCUCUUGCGAGUUAUUGUCAAUCUGGUUCGUCGGUUGAUAUCCCACUUCGUCCCAUUCAAGCGUUAGAUAUUGCCAUGAAAUAUGGUGCUGCCCAGCGACCCACGAAAGUGAUGCUCGGUAGUUGUUUACUAAGUAAACCAACUGGAAGAGCACAUGAACUUGGUGGAGGAGUAGAAGUUUGGUUUGGUCAUUUCCAAUCUAUACGCCUUGGUUGGAAACCUUUUCUUAAUGUGGAUGCUACUCAGCGUGCUUUCAUGAAAUCGGGCAAAGUACAUUUGAUAAUGGCGGAGAUGUUCAAUACAAGGACUGGAGAAGAAUUAUAUGAUCGUGACUACAUGGAUUUCAGCAAGAAAAUUGCUACAUUGAAGGUUUCCUAUAAUCGUGGCCAAUACAUUGCCACUGUCGGGUGCAAUGGCCUUAAAGGUUCCGCCAGCACUGAAAAGUUUGAAUGCGAUGGACAGCAAGUUACAGUCCAACAGUAUUUCGAGAAAAAACUCAAUAUGAAGUUGCAGUAUCCUUACCUGCCGUGUGUGUGGGUGGGAAGCCGAGAAAAAAAAAAUCUAGUUCCAAUGGAGCUGUGCUCGAUAGCUGAAGGCCAAGAGUAUCGGCGCAAGUUGAGUGAUUUUCAAACAUCGGCCAUGAUAAAAGUUGCAGCAACACCUGCCGACGUUCGCAAACAGAAAAUUCUCGAUAGCGUUCGUAGUAUGCAAUUUGAUCGGGAUCCAUAUGCUCAAAAUUUUGGCAUUUCUGUCGACAGCCAAAUGGCAAAAAUUCAAGGGCGAGUGCUACCAACACCAAAGCUUGUCUAUGGAGAGAAAGAAUCUACUCCUAUAACGCCUAGGGAUGGUGUUUGGAAUAUGAGAAACAUGAAAUUUAUAGAAGCCAAGUCAAUGAAUGCCUAUGGUAUACUGAAUAUUACAAGAUGUCAGGAUCGUGAUAUAGAAAUUUUCGUUGGUGCAUUGACUCGAGCUGGCCGGGAAAUGGGCAUGACCAUGGGCAACCCGCUGUUCAACAGGCCUUGUAAUCUUGGCAACUUGGAGAAAACAAUGAAAGAGGCAAAACAAAAAUUCCCGCAACUGCAAAUAAUUUUUGUCAUCAUUAACCGCAAAGGAGACCCUGCGUAUGAAAUUGUCAAACGUGUUGGGGAUUUGGAUCUGAAAAUCACAACACAGUGCAUUCAGCAAAAAAACGUUCAAGGAAGAAAUGGCCCAGACCCAUCAACGAUGGCGAAUAUUUGUUUGAAGCUGAAUGCUAAGUUAGGAGGAAUCAACAAUUUGAUUUCACGAGAUUUUCGCCCAAAGGUUCUGUUGGAACAACAAGUGAUCAUUAUGGGAGCUGACGUGACACAUCCAGGUGCAGACCAACAAGAUUCUGGUAAGCCUUCCAUCGCCGCAGUAGUUGGAAGUGUUGAUCCUCGGGCAUCGCAGUAUUGCUGUGAAAUUCGUAUUCAGAAAUCGAAGCAAGAGUACAUUGAAGAUAUGGAAAACAUGGUCUACAAUUUGUUGCGCAAAUUCAACAAAGUUACUGGAUCAACUUCAACAGGGAAACCGCAACGCAUAAUCUUUUAUCGAGAUGGCGUGAGUGAGGGCCAAUUUGCCAAGGUUUUGGAGUGGGAGCUAUCUGCCAUACGUAGAGCUUGCAUGAAACUCGAGAACGGCUAUAAUCCCCCGGUCACUUUCAUUGUAGUUCAGAAACGUCAUCAUACCCGACUUUUUCCGGAAAAUCCCCAGGAUGAGUGCGGCCGUGGAAAGAACGUUCCACCGGGAACAAUAGUUGAUAACACCAUCGUACAUCCUGUCGAGCAAGACUUUUUCUUAGUUUCUCAUCAAGGCAUCCAAGGUACCAGCCGGCCGACUCAUUACCACGUUCUUUGGGAUGAUGCUAAACUGCACGCAAACGAAAUUCAGAUGCUUACUUACUAUAUGUGCUAUCUGUUUACCCGAUGCACACGGUCAGUGUCGUAUCCGGCGCCGUGCUAUUACUCGCAUCUGGUAGCCUUCCGUGGAAGACAGUAUUAUGACAAUUUAACGGGGAACCGCCAGUCUGUGACUUCAAGCGCUUUACAAUCUCACAUUGAUUCUACCCGAGAUUUGAGCUUUAUGUUCUUUGUUUAAACUGAGUCGUACUAUUCAUUUUUUCUCCUAUUUACUCGGAUGCUAAUGUUUGCUUUCCCAUGUAGAAGGGAACUGGUUAAUUUCCUUGUCAUUUCCUUCCUUCCCCAGUUAUCUUGGGGUUAAAAUUAGCUUUCCUCAAAGAUACAAAACUAGUUGGUUUCCUUGUCAUUUCCUUUUGUUUGAUGCCCUUGCCGCUUGGUGACUUGGACCAUUUGCUGAUUUCAGCAUCGAUGCGGUAUUUUUUUUUCUUGUAUUCGUUGCAUUUUCAUGUUGGGCUGUAAGCUGUCGGGAACUGGUUGAUAAAAUAUAUAAUUUUUUUUUCAGUAAUUCCUAAAUGGCAUAACAUUAAUUCUGGAACAAAAAGCAAUGGCUUGGAAAAAAACCGUGUAAUAAUUCUGGAAACAAUGUAGAUGAAUGGUAGUGCCUAGGUAUUAACUGUCAUUAGCAACUUGCUUUUGAAUCUUUUCGAGGAGGAUCUCUAUCCUUCCUUUCAUGACUGGCUGUCCUUUUUUAGUUUUCUGUGUAAGCUUUUUGAUUCGUUCUAGCCUUAACUGUUUGCUCUUCAUGAUGGCCAUGUCUCUUUCUUUUGUUUUCUGUUCCCUUUCCAAUCGAGCUUCUUCUUUUAAACCUUGUAUACGUUCAUAUUCUAGCUUGGCUCGCUGAAAUUCUGACAACCUGGAAAAAAAACAAACUGAAAUGUAAUACCAUAGUAUAAGUAAGUUUAGUAAUAUCGGUACCUUUGGGGCGGUGGUGGUUGUGAAUAUCCACUAUUAUAAUUUCCAUCUGCAAUGUCAUACAAACGCUUUGUAAUGUGAACAGAUGAAGUCAAUUCAUCCUUCUUUAGCAUCUUCCUGUAUUUCCUUUUUAUAGCUUCUUUUCUUUUGCUUUCCCAUUCCGAUACUGAAAUUAGCAGAUAAAGGUUGAUCAAAACAU